CAUGUCUGUGUGCAUGGCCUGAUAGCUUCCUUCCUUGUAAUUUUUAUUAUAUGAUCAACUGAAUUGAAGUAACUGUCCAUUCCAUACCUUUCGAGUCUUUCUUAUACUGUCGCUGUCGCGUCGAGUAUCGAAAGGCAUCCUUCGCCAUGGCUGAACAAGAAAACUUUGAGGAUGAUCUUUUCGCUGAUCUUUAUGACGACAAUGAGGCUGCUGCCGCAUCCGCACAAUCAGCGCCUACAGCUCAAGCAACUCAAGCUCCCGCGCCUCCACCGAUGAACCCCCAGCCAACCGUUGAAGUACCCAGCAGACCCGAAUACGACCAAGCCCCUAUCGAUGUAGCUCACACAAUUGAAGAGAAUGGAUACGGUGAUGAUUAUCAAGAUGACAAUUAUGAUGAUGACGAUGAUGUCGAUUUUAACCUAGGAAAUGGCCCAGCCAAUUCUGUUGGAGGUAAUCAGUCUCAACAUGAUGAAUCUACUCCUGCCUACCACUCGACUAGAGGACCUAGUGUCAAAGAAGACGGUCGGCGAGCCCUAGAAGAGCCCCUCUGCGCCUCGUUCGACUUCGAAAGCCGGUCCACAGUAAGAUCAGCCUUCUUAAACGCUUGAAACGUAUGAUUUCGGGGUGUCCCAGAUUCCCGGGUAGGCUUGGUCAGUCGAAAGGGGGUGUGCCUUAGUACCCUGGGGCUUUUGCCAGGAG